AUGGCGUCUACCAACUCGGACACGGCUCCGAUUGGCAGUAGUGCUAAUGGUAGCAGUACUAAUCCUAAUCCACAAGAUGCCGUAUCCAGUCAAUGGAAGACUCCCAGCGCGGCUUACCAACAAAUGUACGGGGUGUGCGGGGUCCCGGACGACGUGACGCCCACGGCGGAAGAGGAACUCGUGUUGCGGUUCUACGACACCAUCCGGGCCUACGAGCGUCAGGCCGCACGUCUCCAGGACGACGCCGCCCGUGCCAAACUGGCCUCUCGGGAUGCCGCCUUUCAAGCCGCGUCCGUCUCGCGGAAUCCACGGAAACGGAGAGAACGGACGCGUAUCACCACCACCACGACGACGACGGAGGAUUCGGACGAUCCCCACAGCGCGGACGAGAACGACGAAGACGACGACGCGGCAUCGGACGACGCCGAAGCGCGUCACGCGCGACGCGAAGCCAAACUCGAAGAGUUGCGGGAUCAAGUCGCCCAAGCUCACCAAUUGGCACAGGAGAGGACUCGCGUGGACGAGCCCCCCCCCACGACGUGGCAAACAGCCAACGUGGACGACGCGGUCGACGUUGGGUCGCAACCCGUCCUCAAGAAAAAGAAACGAAUCGAGUCCGACCCGUCGGAACCCACGUCGUCUCUUAUUGCCAAUAUUACCGUGGCGCAGACUCCGCCCCACGACUUUUCGAAAACACUCGCCUUGGUGCCGGGACGAACGCUCUGGCCGACCACCAUUUCGACGACGGAACCCGCCGCGUGGACACCGCCCGCCGGAUGUACGCAACCCAACGAAGGGGCCUUUGCCGUGCACUUGGACAACUUUGAUAUACUCCAAGCACAAAACGGAUCGGGCAACAAUACCGUCGCCGUCAAGUUCACGGCACCCUCGGAUUCCAAACGAUUCAGUAUCAAUAUUGCCGCACCCGAUCACGAAGAAUUCCACUCGGUACUCUUUCAUUUCAAUCCCCGACAACACGAACGCGGGGGCCAACUUAUUGUCAACGACAAACAAGAAGGAAUAUGGGGACAAGCCAUUGCCAUUCCGCUCAGUCAAGUUCCUCUCGUUUUUGGACAAACCGCUUGCACUCUGCUCAUCCAAGUCAACGGCGAAGGCUUCGACAUAUUCCUCGAAGGACAGCACUGCGCACGCUUGGAACACCGCAAAGAAAUUGCCACCGACACCGAUCACCUCGUUCUCCAAUUCCCAUCGACGGACGACUACGGCAGUCCAGAAAAUUGGCUCGUCCACAAGGUUUGGUGGGGCAAUCAACCAAUCUUGGCCAAAGGCGAUCUGGCCAAUGUGGCCGGAGUCCACACCUACAAUGCCCUCCAUCCCCGUAAACUCUUUGUCUCUCGUCUCGCCAAAAUAUUUUCCGAAGCCGAAGUGGAUUUGCGCCGCGCCGAACUUGAACGCGCCUUUCGACAAUACGGAGGUGUACACGGCGUUUCCGUUAUUGUCCCCACCAACGCUACCUUUGCCUUUGUAGAAACGGAAUCGGAACGCGCCGCCGAUUUGGCUCUCCAAGAAAUGACCGCACAGUAUCGGGUGAGUCGGGCUCGACGGUCUCGACACGAAGCCCUCCAAGAAGAACGGGCGGCCGCCGAAGCCUCCGCACGCGGGGAAACGAAGGAACACACCGUGUGGGACUAA